AUGGUUACAACAGCGAACUCCCAGUCAACCUCUGGUGGCCCUCAACCAUCAAAUCUGCCUAUAGUUGAAACAGAUGUCCUCAUCGUGGGGGCCGGAGUAGCUGGGCUGUCGUUUGCAACCAUGCUGGCAGCGCUCGACAUCAAAGUGUACGCCAUUGCGAAGCAUAGCGGCACUGCCCCGGCUCCUCGUGCACAUGUAACAAAUCAACGCACAAUGGAAGUCUUCCGCGAUAUGGGCAUCGAAAACCGGAUCCAAGGUGCAGGAACAUGUAUGCCCGAGAUUGGCAACAUGGUCAUGGCUACUAGUCUCACAGGCAUGGAAAUCGGACGCUACAGCUGCUAUGGAGGAGGUGAUCAUCAACUCACCGACUUUGCAAAAGCGAGUCCUAGUAAGAUGUGGAACACGGCCCAGAACAACAUGGAGCCUAUUUUGCUGCAGACAGCAAGGGAGAAGGGCGCCGAUGUGCGCUUCUAUCACGAACUGAUAAAGAUUGAACAGUCUGAGCAAGGCGUCGUUGCCCUAGUUAGAGAGCGGACUAGUAAGGGAGAGUAUAUUGUCCAUGCUCGCUAUGCCGUCGGUGCAGAUGGAGCGAGGUCGACGGUCGCCCAGCAAGUUGAAUUUGGAUUCGUCGGCGAACCCGGGCUUAUGCAUAUGAUAAGCUCCUGGGUAGAGAUGGACUUGGCCCAAUACGUUGCUCACCGUCCUGCUUGUAUCUAUCUGAUGUUACAACCAGGUGAUGCGUAUUGGGUUGGCUCGGGAACAUGCAUUCUCAAGAAGCCCUGGAAUGAAUGGAUUGUGAAUCGACAGUACAACGCAGCAGACGGAGAGCCUGAUAUGAGCGACGAAGCUAUCAUUGCUCACGCCCGUGGCGCCUUGGCAAUUCCCGAUUCUUUACCCAUCCGAGUCAAGCACAAGGGUAAGUGGCAGGUGAACCACGUUGUGGCUACCGAGUACCGCCACGGCCGUAUCUUCCUUGCCGGAGAUGCAGCCCAUCGUCACCCUCCUGCCAGUGGACUAGGAAGCAAUACCUGUGUACAAGACGCUUUCAAUCUUUCUUGGAAGCUUGCCGCUGUUAUCAAAGGACAGGCUGGUGAAGGAAUUCUUGAGAGUUACAAUCAAGAGAGACAGCCAAUAGGCAAACAGAUCGUCGACCAUGCAAUCCAGACCCUUCAUGAUAUGGCCCUUCUUCCAAGCGCUUUGGGCUUUGAGCGAGGACAGUCCCGAGACGAAGGAUUUGCUAAGCUGGAAGAACUUUUUUCUGACGCCGACGGUGCAGCUGAACGUCGUGAACAUCUGAGGAAGACGAUAGAGCUCGGCAACCGUCGAUCUAAUCCUCUUGGAAUACAUCUAGGCCAACGUUACACCAACUCAGUCGCAAUGGUUGACGAUGGAACUCCAUUCCCUCAAUAUGAGCGCGACGAAGUUCUAUUUUAUCACCCUACAACGCAUCCUGGUGCCUACAUACCACAUGCUUGGAUAGAACUCAACAAGAAGCGUAUCUCAGUCCUUGAUAUCUUUGAGCACGGUAGUUUUGGUCUUGUAGUUGGUAUUGGUGGACAGGCUUGGAAGGAGGCAGCCGUUAUUGUUAGCCAAGAGCUUGGUGUUAAGUUGCCUGUUUACUUUGUUGGUCAGUGUUGUACUUAUAGCGAUGUCUCGGGCGAGUGGACUAGUCGACGUGAGGUCAGUGACCGUGGAGCCCUGUUGGUUCGUCCUGAUCGUCAUAUCGGAUGGAGAUCAUUAGGUCGUCCCCAAGACCCUACGGCAGCCUUGAGGUCAGCUUUACGGCAGAUUCUUUCUCUUUAG